UUAAAACCAAAAUUCAACUAUGAAGAGUUAACAUCUGCAAUAAUCCAAAUUAAUAUUCUAAAACACUAUGAUCGAAUUUAUACGAUUUUGAAAACCUAAAAAAUUGAAUAUUUUUAAGAAUAAAAUACAUACCUGCUCUAAACUUGCAAGAGGUGUGUCGUCGUUCAAGAAGAAAGAGAAUCGAAGAAAAACUAGGCGAUUGAAGAAGGAGGCGUUUGAGUAGGGAGGUUACGGAUGAGAAGAUGAGACCAAAAUCGUGGAGGAAUUGAGGGAUUAUACGGAGUAGUAUGUAUUUCGCAGCCAUGGAGAAUGAUGCGGUAGAGGAUUUAAACAGGGAGGUCUCGCGAAUUGGCCUUGGGGAGGAGGACAUUGAGAUCUCAUUUGAAGAAAUUGAUGCAGGCCCAAGAGUGGAUCUUCCGCCUACAUGGAUUAUUGCCGGGCGUUUCCUCACUUCCCGUCCUAUCAAGUUUGACGCAAUGAAGCAGGUCAUGGCCAUGGCUUGGAAACCAGCUCUGGGGGUUUAUGUGACACACGAUGAAGAAGGUUUGUAUCUGUUCCAUUUUUAUCACGUUAAGGAUGCUAUGCGGAUUAUUGAUGAGGGGCCAUGGUCAUUUGAUAAUGCGACUCUAGUUUGUAAGCUCCUCUCUCCUAGUGAGAUGGUCAAAGCUGAUGAUUUACAUUUCGUUGAGAUGUGGGUUCAGAUUCAUAAUCUUCCCUUUGGGUAUACCACACCGAUUGUUUUGGAAACGGUGGGAAAGGCAGUUGGUUCGUUUAUCAAACAUGAUUCGAUCGCCACUACUCAAUAUCAUCGUUUUUAUCACAGGGUCAGGAUCUCUGUUGAUGUCCGAAAUCCUCUGCGUCGACGCCUGAAGCUGACUAAACGGGAUGGUACAGCAGUUUGGAUCCACUUUAAGUACGAGAGACUCAACACAUUUUGCUUUUUCUGUGGCAUUAUGGGCCACUUAGCCAAGCAUUGCAGGGCUGCUGUACUAUCCAAUGUGGAGCCUGAAAAUUAUCCCUUUGAUGGCUCCCUACGGGCGGAGUGGAGGAAAAAAGAGAUAAAUGUGGGGAGCCAAUGGCUGCGAGAUGAGCCUACUGGUAGGGCUGUUGAGCCUCCAAACAUAAGAGUGCCAACUUACAUGGAUGCUCAAGUAGAUGACCCUAUCGAAACUGGUGCUUUAAUAAAAAGGAAAAGGGGUGCUGAUUAUGAUAGGAUGCAGUCCCUCAACAAGAAUCAUAGUGUGGCAGAUGGAUUAAAAAACGUGAUGGAGGCGGGUGCUGGAUCCCAGGCCCGCCGCGAGAAACGAGGUGGUGCCCCUCACCCACCUGCCUUGAUUGCUGUGUUCACUUCGACGUUGGAAGCUUGUGAUCUUUUUGAUUUGGGUUUUGAUAAUGCCAAACCGCCGCGACAUAUCGAAGCUAAAGACAGAUGUCGUGGGAAGCCGACGUGGGUGGAAGAAAGGCUGGAUCGUGCCGUGGCCACAGUGGAGUGGAGAAACCUUUUUCCAGAAGCCUAUGUUAGUAACCAAGCUAUGCGGUGGUCGGACCAUAGUGCUCUCUUUUUGAGCAUUAGUGGACUACAGGUUCGACGCGCUCCUCGCAGCUUCCGUUUCGAGAAUGCUUGGCUUUUGGACGAUGGGUACAAGGGGGUGAUCACGGCGGCUUGGAACUCCUCGGGCCACCUACCCUUUCCAGAGAGGCUUAAGGUGUGUGGCUCUCAGUUGGUUAGAUGGGGCGGUGAUAAGUUUAACAAGUUUGGGAGACGCAUUUUGGAGGCCCGUAGGCGGGUAGACAAAUGGAGGGGUAGCCGAGAUCCCAUUGGUCUAAAAAAUUUUAAUGAUGCUGAUGCUGAUUUGGCCAGGUUGCUCGACCAGGAAGAUGUGUAUUGGAGGCAACGGGCGAAGCAACACUGGCUACGUACGGCGGACGCUAAUACACGUUUUUUUCACCAAUAUGCUUCACACCGAAAGAAGAAAAACAGGAUUAUGAGGCUUAAGGAUGAGCAUGGACAGUGGAAAGAAGGUGAUCAGCUUCUGCGAGUGGUCUCUCACUAUUUUAAAAACAUUUUCCAAACUGCAGGUAUUGGUCCCUCUACUGCUUUUGAUGGUUUUCGGACGAGGGUUUCCCGAGCCCAGAAUGACUCCCUUGUUCAGCCUUUCACUGAUGAGGAAGUGCGUGCUGCUCUUUUUGCCAUGCACCCGGAUAAGUCUCCUGGUCCAGAUGCCACAAUGGAGGAAGCAGGGGAGGUGCUUCGGAUACUUUCUGAGUAUGAACGUCUCUCUGGCCAGGUUGUUAAUUUUCAUAAAUCCAGUAUUUGUUUCAGCAAGAAUACUCAUUUUCAAGCCCGCAACUGGCUCACAAGUUUUUUUGGGGUGGUUGAAGCGGAGGACUUUGGGAAGUAUCUUGGGUUGCCUUUUUUCAUUGGGCGCAAUAAAACAGCUGUUUUUUCAUAUAUUUUGGAUAAGAUCCGUCAAAAACUUUCACUAUGGAAGAGGAAGACGCUUUCUAAGGCAGGUAAGGAGGUUUUACUCAAGACGAUUGCACAGUCGAUGCCCCAAAUUGCCAUGAGUGUUUUCCUUCUCCCCUAAUCUACUUGCAUUGAUAUUGAGAGCCCAGCUACUGUUGGAAAAGUAUUCUUUCAGCCCAAGAAAUUCUUCGAAGCGGUAUUCGACGUCGUAUUGGCGAUGGACGAGAGACACAUCUUUGGGGUACUCCCUGGCUCCUUGAAGAAGUUAAUCCCUAUCCAAGCAUGGCCAGACGCGUGGAGAAUGAAGACCCCUUAGUGGCUGAUUUUAUUGACUUUGAUUUAAAUUCUUGGAAUGUAGCAAAGCUGGAAUAAUACUU